AACUAUCUCAUUGUCUUUUUCUUCUUCCCCCUUUUCUGUUUCAGAUGAUCAUUCAAAUUGAAGGAAGUGUCCUGAGAAUCGAUUCACUCGUGUGACCCAAAGACCCAGCUCUGCUUUUGUUUUCUCAGGCAGAGCAAAGACAACAGAUGAAGACAACAGAGCUUCGGUGAUGAUUUGAUUUAACGAUGAACAGGAUGAUGACAACUGUGAACGACGAGGAUGAGACACAGAUCGGUCCAGACUGUAGCCGGAGGAGGCUUCUCCGUGGUGUUCCUGGCUCGUACGCACAGCGGCGUGCGCUGCGCUCUGAAGCGGAUGUACGUCAACAACGUCCCGGAUCUGAACGUCUACAAGAGAGAGAUCACCAUCAUGAAGGAGCUGUCUGGCCACAAGAACAUCGUCGGCUACCUGGACUCCACGAUCAGCCCCGUGUCCGACAGCGUGUGGGAGGUCCUGAUCCUCAUGGAGUACUGUAAAGCGGGUCAGGUGGUGAAGCAGAUGAACCAGCGGCUGAACGUGGGCUUCAGCGAGGCCGAGGUGCUGCACAUCUUCUGUGACACGUGCGAGGCCGUCGCUCGCCUGCACCAAUGCAAGACGCCCGUCAUCCACAGAGACCUGAAGGUUGAAAACAUCCUGCUGAACGACCAGGGGAACUAUGUGCUGUGUGACUUUGGCAGCUCCACUCACAAGGUUCUGCUGCCGCAUAAGGACGGAGUAACUGCUGUGGAGGACGAGAUUAAGAAGUACACGACUCUGUCGUACCGCGCACCGGAGAUGAUCAACUUGUAUGCAGGGAAAGCCAUCACCACUAAAGCUGAUAUAUGGGCACUCGGAUGCUUGUUGUACAAGCUGUGUUUCUUCGCUCUUCCGUUCGGGGAGAGUCAAGUCGCCAUAUGUGACGGAACCUUUAUCGUUCCGGAUAACUCCAAAUUCUCCUUCAAGUUGCACUGCUUAAUCAGAUAUAUGCUCGAACCAGAUCAGGAGAAGAGACCAGACAUUUACCAAGUGUCCUACUUUGCCUUCAAGUUAGCUGGAAAAGACUGUCCAGUGCCAAAUCUCUUUAACUCUCCCAUCCCCACGUCGCUCCCCGAACCUCUGACGGCCAGCGAGGUCGCGGCUAGGAAAAGUAUGACGAAAGCCAGGAUUACGGACUCCGUCGGCCCCACGGAAACGUCCAUAGCCCCCAGACAGAGGCCGAAGGCGGCGAACAGCAACGUGCUGCCCCUCGCCAACACGGUCACGCCUGCGAAGAUGACCGUGGCUUCGGCGCCCGUCAGCAACGGACAGAAAGCUCCCACCCCCGGCUCCGUGCAGCCGCAGUCGCAGCCGCAGUCGCAGCUGCAGUCGCAGCCGCAGCCCAGCAGUCAGCAGCACCGAGUCCUGCAGCAGCUGCAGCCCGGCGACCUGCGUCUGCAGCAGCUACAUCAUCACCAACUACAACAACAACAACAUCAACAACAAGCAGUGCAGCAGCAACAUGCAAACGCACAGCAGCUCCAAUACCUUCAGUACCAGCAGGCUGUGCAGCAGUCGCUUCAGCUGCAGCAGCAGCAGGCUUUGCUCCAGCAGCAGCAGCAGCAGCAGCAACAGCAGAUGAUGAUGCAGCCCAUGUACCAGCAGCAGGUCGCUCAGGCUCAAGCUCAAGCUCAGGCUCAAGCUCAGGCUCAAGCUCAGGCUCAGUACGCAGCCAUGCUGCACCAGUACCAACAGGCUUUGGUCCAGCAACAGCAGCAACAACAACAGCAACAUCAUCAUCAACAGCAACAACUACAGCAACAUCAUAUUCAACAGCAACAUCAGCAGCAGCAGCAGCAGCAGCAGCAGCAGCAGCAGCAGCACCAUCAUCUUCCCGCUCAGCAGCCUCUCCCCUACAUGUCCUCCCCUCUUGAGUUCCAGGUCCCCCUUGGUUCCUAUAACUCCACCCCUCCCACUGCUGGACCGCUGGGCGGACUAUCACCUGUAGAUCCCUCCUACAAUAACCCCAGCAGGAACCCUCUCCUGCCCUCGGACGGGACCACCCCGCCCUCCCAGAGCUGCAACAGUGCAGUGAGCAACCCGCCCGACAUGUCGCGCUGGAAUCCUUUCGGAGAGGACAACUUCUCCAAGCUGACGGAGGAGGAGCUAAUCGACCGGGAGUUUGACCUGCUCCGAGCAAACAAGCCAGUGGAGAGAACAGCCAGCGUGGAAAUGGACCGACCGCAGCUCGCCGCCACCGCCAAGCCCCUCCCACCGGAGGACCUGUUCGGCUCCGUCCCGUUCGUGGCCAGCGCAGGCACCGAUGUGAUCACGACCGAGGAGGUCGGCGUUCCAACUCCCGUCUCAACCGCCGCGGACGACCUGCCGCCGCCCGCGGCCAAGGAGCAGAAGGCGGGCAGAAGGAGCAACUGUGGACCGGGGGAGGAGUCCGACAGCGACUUCGAGUCCGACCCGCCGUCGCCGAAAAGCAGCGAGGACGAAGAGCCGGAGGAGGAGGAGGAGGAGGCGCUGAACAGUGAGCACGGUGACGACACUGAGCCGGAGAACCUGGGACAGAGGCCUCUGCUCAUGGACUCGGAGGAGGAGGCCGAGGAGGACGAGGACAAGCACAGCUCCGACUCGGACUACGACCCCAGCAGAGUCAAGAGUCGCUCAAGGAAACCGCCGGCCGGCAAAGGAGCUCCCGCUGCCGCCAGGCCGAGUCCUCGAAGGGACUCUGCCACCACCCUGAUCACCCCUGCCGGGUCGCCCAGCGGAGCCCGAGCCGCGGACACUGUGGAUGUUUUCGGGGCCAUUCCCUUCCUCGGAGGCGUCUCGCCCGUUGAGCCUUCGGACAAUCCGGACAUCUUCGCCAAAGCGCCUUUCCGACAGGUCAGCCACGAGCAGCGAGCCGCGGACGAGUUUGACGUCUUCACCAAGGCGCCGUUCAGCCGGAACCUCUCCAAAUCCGGCAAGAGUGGCAGCGAAGAUCACGUGGGCCGAACGCCGCCCGUGUCCCCCGAGGGAAUCGACGUCUUCGGCUUCUCUCCCUUCCAGCCGGGCCCUGACGCGCCACCUCCCGCGACCUCGAGGAGCGCCGACGACAUCUUUCGGCCGCCCUUCGACGAGUCGGCGAGUCCGCAGCAGCAGAGGCUGAAGCAGCGCAGCCUCCAGAAGCUGUCGUCGCGCCACAGGAAAACCAAGCAGGAGGCCGCGGCGGGGGGCGGCAACGGCAAGCGGCACCACGGCACGCCCACCGGGGGGCGCAAGACCAACAAGCCCAGCUACCGCACGCCCGAGCGAGUCCGCAGACACAGGAAGGUCGGCCGCAGAGAUUCGCAGAGUAGCAACGAGUUCCUCAGCACGUCUGACUCGAAAGAGAACAUCAGCGUCGACAUCACCAUGGCUGAGGCGAAAGACAGGGGAGCUCCCCUGCCGGCGGACGAGGCCAUUCUAGACCCGUUCGGAGCGAAACCUUUCCAUCCGCCGGACGGGUGCCGACGCGGCCAGUACCAAGGCCUCGGCGAUGGCAAGGGAGACAUGGGCACGGCCAAUGGCAAGACCUGGACGGGUUCUCUCGGGGAGGCCGGGGACAUGGAUGACUUCGGGGCGGUGCCCUUCACCGAAGUGGUCGUCCACAGUGGCCCUCCGCAGCAGCAGGGGGCGCCCACGCAGCCGCUGGAGCUCGACCCGUUCGGAGCGGCGCCUUUUCCCACUAAAGAGUGACUCUUCUUGUGUCUUACGACUCUUGCGCCAUCUGCUGUUAAACAACAACCCCGGAGCUUUUUUUUGGAGGGGGGGGCGGGCUCACGGAAUCAUGAGGAAACAAUCCCCCUAACGCUUCUUCUUCUUCUUUUUCGGAACAUUUUAUAAUCCCGUGGAGUGCGAGUGAUGGUUCCACAUAUCUUUCAGCGCUACCUGUUCGCUGAUCGGCCUUUUCAUGCUGCACCUUGACGCUUCUAAGGGCGUUUGACCCAGAAGAGACAGAAAACCCCACUCGGACAUCGUACUGUGACUGUAAUGCUGCUUUCCAUUAUACCUCGGGACUCGGUGCCGUGCUCUUUUUGUAAGACCGGGGGGGCGUUUCCAGUUGCAGUUUCCGACUCGGAGGUCGUACUCCCGAGUUCCGAGAUCGUGCCGGAGCGAUAAACGCGACUUCCGAGCCCCGAGGUACAACGGAGCCUUCGAGCGCUCGACCCGCUGCACACAGCUCACGGCGGCCUUCUGACCCGCAGACACGUCUGCUUGUUCGUUUUAGCACCAGAAAGCCUUACCUGCGCUCGGCUCCGCCUUGCCGCGCAGUACCUCGGGACACUCCACCCAAGUCGGUCCACGUUUGGCCUUUGGGCGUCGCGGGGAAUCGUUUUUUCGGGACCUUGACCACUUUAGUUUGACCCUCACUAGAACUUCCUCUAUGCAUAAUGUCACAGAAGUCUUUCCUUACGCAGACGGAUGUCGCUGUGAUGACGUGCGCGUCGCGUCGCACCUGGAGUACGAGAAGGGAUCGGAUUUUUAUCGCACUUCCUUAAAAAACGUUGAUCUGAAGUUUUAAAAUUUAGGCUCUGAACUGUUUCCUUCAUUUGCUGUUUUUUUUUCUUCUUUUUGAAGCAGUAAACGUGUAUGUUCUGUUCAUUUUCCAACUCAACACAUUCUGUUAGAAAUAAAACUCACAGCCACAGUAGA